AUGUCUGAUCAAGACAUUCAUCCAAGCAAAUUCAGUGAAUUACGAAGUAUCUACAAAUACCACAUAGAUUCAUAUAUUGCUUUGUGUCAGCUGAAAACGGAAAAAGAAGAAGAACUAAACAAGAUUUACAAAAUGAUCAAAGCAGAAUUGCUGGAUUCAAAGAAAUACAGCCCCGAACAUAUUAUAAUAGAUAUAUUAACUCUCAUUCAGUAUAGAAAUCGCUAUACAAAGUCAUAUUUAACUCUUGCCAAACUCAUAUCUGAUGAUUAUCAUGUCAAAGAGGCCUUCUACUUGGAAGAUACUCCAAACUACCUUUUUUAUAAAGAAUAUGGAAUUUAUUUAGACAAAUCUUGUAGUUUCGAAUCUAAAAAAUUCAGAAAUCCAGAAAUUCUUUCAGAAAAUGAAAUUGUCAGAGCAAUUAUGUAUAAUGACAAAGAACUAUUCAUCUCAUUCACAGAAAAAGAAGGAUUUAAUGAAGAUCAAAGAAUUAUAAGCUGUUUAUAUCCAGAUUCUAAACUCGGAUUAACAUUACUUGAUUUAUGUUGUUACUAUGGGGCAGUUGAUUGUUUCAAGUUCUUAAGAUCGAAAUUUAACUCAAAAAUAACUCUUGAUUGUCUUCACAAUUCAUUUUUAGGAGGAAAUCAAGAGAUCAUAAGUGAAUGUUUGAAAUAUCAAGAACCAAAUAAUUUGGACAUGAGAAUAGCAAUUAUUUUACACAACAUUGAUUUCGUCACAUUUUUGAUGAAUGAAUACAAUUUAAGCAUUGAUUUAAGCGAUUGUGCAGAAUACAACAAUCUUGAAUCAUUUUUAGUUUAUUUCGAUCAAACUAAUAAAAUUGACGAAUGCUUUAAAUGGUCAGCAUAA